GCUAGUGGAAUCAAAUAUGCAACAGAAGGUGGAACGGUCGGUGAGGUGAGGACUAGAAAAAAGUGCCGAUUAUUAGUGCAGAAUUAAUUUUAAUUAAUUCCAAGCCCAUUAGCAAAUUAGACUCGACGACAUCACCGCAAUUCUACAUCUACUACUGAUUUUUUCAGUAUAUAAAUAAUGUCUAUAUAGACUUGAUUGAUUUCACUUCAGUGGCUUUAGUUUGAGGUGUUUUCUUGUUAAUUCAGUGUCAAUUGUCUGGAAAAGUUUCGUGUCACCUCGUUAACUGUCAACUAUUUAGUUUGUUAAUCUAUUAUUUAUCUACAUUCCAAUCGAGACAAAAUGUCGUCUUCCGCAAUCUUUAUUUUGGACGUAAAGGGCAAGGUCCUGAUCUCGCGAAACUACAGGGGUGACAUCGAUAUGGGUGUCAUUGACAAGUUUAUGCCGUUGCUGAUGGACAAGGAAGAGGAAGGGAAUUUGACACCAAUUUUGCAAACGAAUGAAGCAACGUUUGGCUAUAUCAAGCACAACAAUUUAUAUAUCGUUUCCAUUAGUAAAAUGAAUGCCAAUAUUGCUCUUGUUUUUGCUUUUUUACAUAAAUUGGUCCAGGUUAUGAUCGAGUAUUUUAAAGAACUGGAAGAAGAAAGUAUUCGGGACAAUUUCGUCAUUAUUUAUGAACUGAUGGACGAACUGUUGGAUUUCGGUUACCCUCAGACUACUGAUAGUAAAAUCCUUCAAGAAUUUAUAACUCAAGAAGGCCAUAAACUUGAGGUUGCUCCACGUCCCCCAAUGGCAGUUACCAAUGCAGUUUCUUGGAGAUCGGAAGGCAUCAAAUAUAGAAAAAAUGAAGUAUUUCUUGAUGUAAUCGAGUCUGUGAAUUUGCUUGCUAAUGCAAAUGGCCACAUAUUGCGAAGUGAAAUUGUUGGUGCUAUCAAAAUGCGAGUUUAUUUGUCCGGGAUGCCGGAAUUACGCCUUGGACUUAACGACAAGGUUUUAUUCGAAAGCACAGGGCGAGGAAAGUCAAAAUCUGUGGAAUUGGAGGAUGUAAAAUUUCACCAAUGUGUUCGUUUAUCAAGGUUUGAAGUGGAUCGUACAAUUUCUUUUAUUCCCCCCGAUGGAGAAUUUGAACUAAUGUCGUAUCGACUCAACACACAUGUGAAACCGCUCAUUUGGAUCGAGUCAGUUAUUGAACGACAUGCCCACAGUCGUGUAGAAUACAUGGUUAAAGCAAAGUCGCAAUUCAAACGAAGAUCCACGGCAAACAAUGUCGAAAUUAUCAUUCCAGUGCCGGGUGAUGCCGACUCACCCAAGUUUAAGACGGGAAUAGGCUCUGUGAAAUAUGCUCCAGAACAAAGUGCCAUCAUCUGGACAAUCAAAUCAUUUCCUGGGGGCAAAGAGUACUUGAUGAGAGCACACUUUGGUCUUCCGUCUGUGGUAGGAGAGGAUAACGAGGGCAAGCCUCCUAUCCAAGUUAGAUUUGAAAUCCCAUAUUUCACCACUUCUGGAAUUCAGGUCAGGUAUCUGAAAAUUAUUGAAAAGAGUGGCUAUCAAGCUUUACCAUGGGUUCGCUACAUCACUCAAAACGGUGAUUAUCAGCUUCGGACGAAUUGACUUGUCGAAAUAAUUGCAACAACAACCUGUAACAAUUGAAUGAACCAAGUGUUAACUUAUAAGUUUUAAAAUGUAUAAUGAACUAAAUUAUUAAUGUUUUAUCUUCUUAUGCAUCACAAUAUCUGUUUACCUAUAAAGAAAUCACAAGUUAUAGAUAUUAUUUAUACAAAUGAAUCAUAGAAUGGAGUGUAUAAAGUCAAUAAACGUGUAUUUUGAGACGUUUCAUGAAA